UAGUAUAUGUUGAAAUCGGACUUGUGGUCACACUGGUCAGCUGUCAUACCUAAAAGGGAACGCGAGAGCAAAGCAAAAGCGACUUUCGUCAAAAUUACAAAUUAAUUUUAAUAAUGGCGAGUUAUAUUGCUAGAAAGGGACCUUUGGUAUUCUCCAACCUCGGCAAGUGGGCCUACAAUCUGUCUGGAUUCAACCAAUACGGUCUGCACCGCGAUGAUUGUCUCUAUGAGAACGAAGAUGUGACGGAAGCCAUCCGUCGUCUGCCACGCAAAUUGUACGAUGAGCGCAACUACCGCAUUAUGCGUGCUCUGCAUUUGUCGAUGACCAAGACGAUUCUGCCCAAGGAGCAGUGGACAAAGUACGAGGACGAUGUCAAGUACUUGGAACCUUAUCUCAAUGAGGUUGUCGCUGAGCGCGAGGAACGUGAGGACUGGAAUAAGAACCAUUAAAUACCAAUAACAAUAUUGCCUCACUGUGACUCUGAAUGGGAGAUUGUAAAAUGUUGAAAAUACAUAGCUUAGAUUCAAAUUAAACAUUUGUGCUAUGCUCUAAA